AUUCAAGGACAUGACGUCAUAUAGCAGAUAUAGUAGUGUGUGUUAUGAUUGUAGUGACAAAACAAUGUAACUGGAUGGAUAUAAAGUAAUUCAGGGAGAUCUAAAAGUUGAAGUAUCUUUUCAAUCUUCUCUAACAUGGAUUCAUUGAGAGAACAAGUUAUGAUAAAUCAAUUUGUUCUGGCCGCUGGAUGUGCAAGAAAACAAGCAAAGCAGUUACUUCAAGCGGCACAUUGGCAAUUUGAAACUGCACUGAGUAUUUUUUUCCAAGAAGCUGCAGUACCAAACUAUUCCCAGCAGAAUGGGCAUUUUAAUGCAAUGUGUACACCAGCCAACACUCCUGCAACGCCCCCAAAUUUUCCUGAGACGCUAUUAUCUUUCUCAAAACUAUCAGCAUCUGACAAAUUGAGUAAUUCUCCUCCAGGGAACUGUUACCCAUCUUCUACGUCAUAUUCAGGUUGUGGCUACAACAACAACAGCACCACCACCAUCCCCAUCAGCAAUUCCUUUGGGAAUUUCAAGACACCACAGUCACCUCCUAGCAUGGAAGUAGAAGUGCAGAGGUAAAAAAGCUAACCUAAUAUGGUGUGGUUUGCUGAGUUGUCACAUUGUAUCAACGUAUCGAAGCUGUGGAAUUUUCAGUUUGAUGUUCCUAAACACUAGCCACUUCUCCCUGCCUUAUGGAAUUGGGAUAAAAGCAUAAAAGUCUCCAAUUCGUGUGCAUUUAUGAACAAGAUAUUUUCUGUAUUUCAGUAUAGUGAUCUUGAUAAAGUUCUCAAUGGCUACAACCAAAACUGUGCAAGGCCUACUACACUCCUAUAACUGUUAUUGUUAACUGAUAUAAUAUACUUCUUGUAAUAAAUGUUUGUCAGUAGGCUAUCAACAGAACAUGCAGAGUAGCUCUACUCAACUUGGUUGUAAUAAAUGUUUGUCAGUAGGCUAUCAACAGAACAUGCAGAGUAGCUCUACUCAACUUGGUUGUAAUAAAUGUUUAGUCAGUAGGCU